CGUUAACUUUACGGACAGCUUUCUUCAAUUCAGACAUGCUUUUCACGCCUUUAGCUUUGGAUAACAUAGUCAGAGGAAUAUCGACACAAAGUGUUGAAACACUAGAUCACGCCAUCACCGAAGAAGUGACCAAUCAUUUGCUCGAAGAUAUUAAAAAACCUUUUUCGGGAAUGGAUUUGAUUUCACUAAAUUUACAAAGAGCGAGAGACCACGGAAUCCAACCUUACAAUGAAUAUCGACGCGUUUGUAAUCUAACGAAAGCUAAAAAGUUUGACGAUUUAUUGUCAGAAACGCCAAAAUUUAUUGUCGAAAGAUAUAAGAAAAUAUAUGAGAAUGUCGAUGAUAUCGAUCUGUUUUCCGGAGGAAUACCCGAAACUCCAGUUCACGGCGGACUCAUUGGCCCCACAUUUGCUUGUAUUAUAGGAAUGCAGUUUCAAAAACUCAAAAAAUGCGAUCGAUUUUGAAAUCCUCGGAUUCCGUGCUCUUCGAUGCCAUCAAUAGAUUUGACGCAAUGGCGAGAAAGAGGCAACUCUUGUGUCGUUAAUAAUAGAGUUCUGGCCAUCGGAAGGGCUGACAGGAUAUCUCCGUGUGUUAACUGUAUUUGCACUUUUGAAGGGAUAAGAUGUCAAUCACUUCGGAUCAAUGAUUGCAAUGAAUUAUUUUCAUCGCAUUCACGACAAGACAUAUUGAACGACUCGGUGUGCAAAGUCCAGUGCGCCUUCUCUUUUGGACAUAACAUGCGUUCACAACAGUCCAGAAGAAUAUCUACUAUUUUUGGAUUCAGUCAAUGA